AUUUUUUUAAAGGUCAAAUGAGUUUGAAAAGAAGAUACAAAAAUCAUUUCAAGGAAGAAAAAAAAGCUGAAUCGAAAUUUUCUCUGUAUACACCCAUUAUUUAUUGAAUAUUGAAGGGUUCAAGUUGAAAGUGAUCGAUUUGUUUGUUUAUUUAUUUCCCUAUUUUUUUUUGGUUCUCUCAAAAUAUAUUUUACACAUAAUCGAUACAGAAAGUUUUGUGUUCUAGAAGUAAAUUCACAAAAAGAGGGGGAAAAAAAAGGAUCUUUUUGUUUUCUUUGAAAAUAAUUUUUACUUAAAUAAAUUCGAAGAAAAUGAAUUUCACUGAAGUAUUAAAGAAAAUUCCAACACCACAAGUUUCAAUGCCACAAAUACCACAAAUGAGUAAAUUUGGAAUAAAUAAUAAUAAAGAAGAUAUAGGAAAAGCUCCAAUGAAUAUGACACAGGAGGAUAUGCAACAAUUGAUUCAUUACAUUGGUGAAUCUGUUCUUAUUCCAGAGGAUGGAGCGUUUAUUGCAUUGUGGAUUCUUACUCUCAUUGAUCAUUGGAAUAAUGAACAUGAACGUUUAAUUGUAUUAACUGAAAGAAAUUUCUAUAUAUUAAGAUAUGAUUUUCUUCAAUGUCGUGUACGUGAUAGUCGUCGUGUAGGUCUUGGACAAUUGAUUAGUGUUAUAACUGGACCACUUGUAUUUCCAGCAAAAUCAUUAAUGCCUAUACGUAGUUCACCUGGUGUUCAGUUAAAAUGGGGUGAUGAAAAUGAUGUAAAAAUUACACAAAAGUGGAAUCCAUUAUGUCGUAGUUUACCCUAUGCUACAUUAACUCAUCAUCCACUUUAUUCUAAACGUGAUCAAUUACCAUCAAAACAAGUGAAUGUACCAGGUGCCGGUUAUGAAGAUUUAUCUAAUCCAGUAUCUGUAUACGAUGUGAAUAAUUUUCUUACAGCAUUACGUGAAGCUUGUUCUGGUAUGAAUAUUCAGUUUACCAAUGGUGAAAUUGUCAUUGAAAGUUAUGGUAAUUUAGGUAGUGUAGUAUUCAAUCAAAGUAAUUUGGGUUUUGCUAAACCAAAACCACCUACAUCAUGAUGAUCUAUUAUAUAAUGUCAAUAUUGAUUGAAUAAAUUAUAAAAUAAAAUAAAAACAAAUGCAUUUCCUAUAAACAAUAAUGACAUAAUAUUAUCUACGAAAGUUCGUUAUUCUCUUCAGUAAUUUCUUCCUAAAUAAUCCUUAGUAUUUUAUCUCUCUGUUUCUCUCUUUCUUAAUCAAUAUACAUUGGAUCAUAAUGGUCAUGAAUGACUUUAAAAAUGUGAUAAUCUUCAAUUUUAGUUUAAAAUUUUAUACUACUUAUUUCUGAAGUCAGUAGUAUCAUAUAAAAUUACAUAUAUAUUGUGAUCGUAUUAUUAUCAUUAUUAUUUAAUUUUACUCAAACUGAUGUAAAACAAUUUUUCAAAAUGAAAUUGAAAAUUGAUUAUUUAUUUAUUUGUUCAUUUAUUUAUUUAUUUAUUUUAUCGACUACUUAUCAUUGACAUUUUAUUUUUAACCGAUUUCCUUCUAUACUACUUAUAUUGUAAUUGUGAUUGUUUCAUUUGUACUGUGAUCUAUAAUAAAUACAUUAAUUGAUAAAAAGAAAAUAUGUAUAUCAUUUAGUCAAUCAACUACAUACUAUAUAUGUGAUGUUAAACAUUCUUUGUAAAUUAUUUUGUUUUAGUUAUUCUGGGUACGUAAUUUACUUUCCAAGUAUAGGAGAGUGUAAUCAUCUUUUGUGUUAUACUAUAUGAAUGCG